AUGGCGACCUACAGCAAAGGGACGGAUCGGAAGGGAAGGCAAGGUGAGGAGGAGAGGGUGGACCCAAGCAAGGAAGGAGGGGAAGGGCCUACCUGGGAAACGCCGGUGACGGAUUCAGCAAGCUCCGGUCUCGCCAUCGCCGAUUGUGCGAUUCCUCCUGCCCCCGCCGCUCGCACGAACCAUUUGCGAGGCCCCCUCGCACAAAAAAGCCCGUUUAGGGUUCCACCCACCGCCGCCUCCCUGCUCCACCGCCGCCGCCCCAUCUCCCGCUACACCGCCGCCGCCCCAUCUCCCGCUCCGCCGCCGCCCCUACUGCUCCACCCUAUCUCCUCUCUCUCUCUCUCACUCCUAACGUCCUGGUUUCCUGAGUUCCGGCCGCCGUCGAUCCCCAGGGACGUCGCGGAUCACCAGGACGCCACCAUCGCAUAUCACCACCGCCGUCGCCGUCGAUCCCAGGGACGCUGCAGAUCCCCAGUACACUGCCAAUACCCAGGACGCCGCGGAUCUCCAGAUGUCGCCGCCGCCGUCGGCGCGGAUCCGCACACGCCGCCGGCGCCACGGAUCCCCACGGACCAUGCAUACGGCGGCGAACAACCAGAACUUCUCCUCCGUAGAGGACACCGCCAUAGCUGGAAGAAUUCCAAGAUAGACCAUUGCUUCAAGGUUGGGAGCAGCCACGACAUAAUUGACAUCAAAACAAGAUCAGGGUCCUACAUAUCCGGUAUUGCUUGCCUGCAUACACUCGUAAAACAUGGUGGGGAAGACAAGCAAAUAGGCACCGGCGGAGCUAUGGCAAGGCUCAAAGGGCCAUGGCCCGCCCUGGGCUGGAACGAAGACGAGUUUUACAUGAAUUUAUCCCACAAUAAUGCAUUGAUUUUUAAUUUGGUGGCGCUAUUUGCACUAUCCAGCCCGUCAACAUUUUUUAGGUAACUCCACCAUUG